AUGGUGUUGGAAAUGCUGAACCCAAUGCAUUACAACAUCACCAGCAUGAUGCCCGAAGUCAUGCCUGUGGCCACCAUGCCAAUCCUGCUGCUCACAGGUUUUCUUCUUUUGGUUUGGAAUUAUGAAGACACAUCCUCAAUACCAGGUCCUGGCUAUUGUAUGGGAAUUGGGCCCCUAAUUUCCCACUGCAGGUUCCUAUGGAUGGGGAUUGGCAGUGCUUGCAACUACUACAACAAGAUGUACGGAGAAUUCAUGAGAGUCUGGAUAUGUGGAGAGGAAACACUCAUUAUUAGCAAGUCCUCUAGCAUGUUCCACAUAAUGAAGCACAGUCACUACAGCUCCCGAUUUGGCAGCAAACUUGGAUUGCAGUGCAUUGGCAUGCAUGAAAACGGCAUCAUAUUUAACAACAAUCCAACACUCUGGAAAGCUAUUCGACCCUUCUUUACAAAAGCUUUGUCUGGCCCCGGCCUCGUGCGUAUGGUAACAGUUUGUGUUGGAUCCAUCAUAACGCAUCUGGACAGGUUGGAGGAAGUCAGCAACGAACUGGGUUAUGUCGACGUGUUGACUCUCAUGCGGCGCAUCAUGCUGGACACCUCUAACAUUCUCUUCCUGGGGAUCCCCUUGGACGAAAGUGCCAUUGUGGUUAAAAUCCAGGGUUAUUUUGAUGCGUGGCAAGCUCUCCUUCUCAAACCAGACAUCUUCUUUAAGAUUUCUUGGCUAUACAAAAAGUAUGAAAAGUCUGUCAAGGAUUUAAAAGAUGCCAUGGAAAUUCUGAUAGAAGAAAAAAGACACAGAAUUUCCACAGCAGAGAAACUGGAAGACCAUAUGGAUUUUGCCACUGAAUUGAUUUUUGCUGAGAAACGUGGUGACUUAACAAGAGAGAAUGUGAACCAGUGCAUACUGGAAAUGCUGAUCGCAGCACCAGACACCAUGUCUGUCUCUGUGUUCUUUAUGCUAUUUCUCAUUGCAAAGCACCCUAAGGUUGAAGAAUCAAUAAUGAAGGAGAUCCAGGCUGUUGUAGGUGAAAGAGAUAUAAGGAUUGAUGAUAUGCAAAAAUUAAAAGUGGUGGAAAACUUUAUCUACGAGAGCAUGCGGUACCAGCCUGUUGUGAACUUGGUCAUGCGCAAAGCCUUACAGGAUGAUAUCAUUGAUGGCUACCUAGUGAAAAAGGGGACUAACAUUAUCCUGAAUAUUGGAAGAAUGCAUAGACUGGAGUUUUUCCCCAAGCCCAAUGAAUUUACUCUUGAAAACUUUGCAAAGAAUGUUCCUUACAGGUAUUUUCAGCCAUUUGGCUUUGGACCUCGUAGCUGUGCAGGAAAGUACAUUGCCAUGGUGAUGAUGAAAGUUGUCCUGGUUACACUUCUGAGACGUUUCCACGUGCAGACAUUGCAAGGAGAGUGUAUUGAAAAUAUGCAGAAAAAAUAUGGCUUGUCCUUACACCCAGAUGAGACUAACAACUUGCUGGAAAUGGUUUUUGUCCCAAGAAAUUCAGAAAAGUGCCUCAAACACUAA